GCCAACUUUGAUGUGGCGCUAGUACACAUUGUACGUUUUCAAUACACUUUUUAGGCAUUGGCAGACGAAACUCCACCGCAUACUCCUCUUUCCUACCAUCAUCAGUCCAUGCAUUAUGAUGGAAGUUACUCCUCCGUCCUCCCGACAUAGACUGGUCGGGCAACCACUUCUCUACGCUAUCUCCUUGUUCGCUAGCUUGGGCGUUUUCUUGUUCGGAUAUGACCAGGGCGUCAUGUCCGGUAUCAUUACUGGACCCUAUUUCAAGCAGUUUUUCAAUUCGCCUGGUCCAAUUGAGGUUGGUACAAUGGUCGCAGUUCUCGAGCUUGGAGCCCUCGCCACAUCAAUUGCUGCUGGUCGCAUCGGCGACGUCAUUGGGCGGAAGGGAACGCUCUUCAUCGGGGCCAUUGUCUUCACCGUCGGCGGUGCGGUUCAGACAUUCACCACAGGGUUCUACGUCAUGAUCAUUGGCCGGGUGAUAAGCGGCUGUGGAGUCGGACUCUUGUCUACAAUCGUUCCCAUAUAUCAAAGCGAAAUUUCUCCUCCCAAUCAUAGAGGCGCUCUUGCGUGUAUGGAAUUUACGUGUAAUGUUUUCGGCUAUGCAUCUUCCGUUUGGACAGACUACUUCUGCUCAUUCAUCGGGUCCGAUCUUUCUUGGCGCAUACCCCUUUUUCUGCAAUGUGUCAUUGGAAGCAUUCUCGCUGCAGGAAGCCUUAUUAUGCCUGAGAGUCCUCGGUGGUUGAUUGACACCGACCAAGAUGCUGCUGGGAUGCCUCUCGCUCAAGCCGAAUUUCAAGAAAUCAAGGACAAAGUCAUUUAUGAGCGCGAACUUGGGGAAGGCCGCUCGUAUGCUGUGAUGUGGAGGAAGUACAAACGACGCGUAUUACUUGCCAUGUCUUCGCAGGCGUUUGCUCAACUGGUAAGCCUUUUGCUCAUUUACGGAUAUCAUCCCGCCGGAUGGCUUGGCCGCGAUGCUGUGCUGAUGACGGGCAUCAAUGCCAUCAUUUACGUCUUGAGUACUUUGCCCCCCUGGUACCUCGUAGACCGUUGGGGUCGUCGCGUCAUUUUGCUUUCUGGUGCCGUUAUCAUGGGCAUUGCCCUGGGCUUCACUGGCUGGUGGAUGUACAUUGAUGUACCAGCUACUCCAAAGGCUGUGGUGGCUUGUGUUAUUGUCUUCAAUGCUGCAUUCGGCUACAGUUGGGGCCCUAUUCCAUGGCUCUACCCCCCCGAGAUUAUGCCCCUCACAUUCCGUUCGAAAGGUGUAUCUAUAUCGACUGCUACCAAUUGGGCAUUCAAUUUUAUCGUCGGAGAGACGACCCCAUACCUCCAAGAAGUCAUUACCUGGCGACUAUACCCUAUGCAUGGGUUCUAUUGCGCAUGCAGUUUCAUUCUCGUUUAUUUCUUGUAUCCCGAGACUAAAGGCGUUCCUCUCGAGGAGAUGGAUGCUGUUUUCGGAGAAGAGGAGAGGCUGGAUUAUGAGUCCGAGCGGGCAUCUCUGAUGUCCAAUACCCGCAGCCCUUCGAUGCGUUCUGGCUCUCGACCCAAAAUUGCUACAGAACGCGGCUGGGUCAGCCGGCUACUCUAUCGUAACGACAGGAGCACAUACCAGCCCAUUGGUGAGGGCGAGGAAUAGGAACUCGCGAGGAUUGAAGGUGACCACGCGGAGGCGCAAGAAGAAGAUUUACAUUAUGCGAGGGAGCAGCUCUCACCUCCCUCUUCUUUACCCACGUCCCCUUGUGCUGCUGCGGUUGCCAAAUGAAGUGCUGUUUAAUUGCGAGACGGUAUGCUGGUAUCGCAUGCGGCGGCGUUGCGUUUCUGACAACCUAUCUCAUUUAUCACAGCAGCAGUUAGGCCUUUCAAUCCUCAUGAUACGCCACGUACUAGCUCACAGUUACGACUUCACUUCUUUGACACCCAUCUAUGUAUCUUACUUUUUCGUCAAAAUUGUACUUCCGAUCACAACAUGAUUUUUGUUUUCGCUA